AUGAACCCGCGGGAUAACCUAUCAAAUUCUGCUACCGUCAACAAGAACAUUGCCGAAUGUGAUCAACCGGCCUCUAUCGAAAUAAAGGUUCUUGGAAUGCAAUGGAACGCCGUAGAAGACAUCAUAACUCUGCAAUGCAUUGAGAAGCAAGCAAACAAGACCUCCAAAAGAACAGUUCUCAGCCAGAUCAACGGAUAUUGUUACGAUCCCCUUGGCCUACUAACACCGCUAAUGGUUCCUGCCAAGAUAUUUCUUCAGGAUGUUCACAAACAGAGUGAACUUGCCCAGAAAAGUUGCGGAAAAGAACGGGACCAGCAGUCAUACGAUAUCAAUAUUCGUGGACAGCUCCAAGAGGGCGUACGCUUGCAGUAUCUACGUAACAACGACGUCUUGCGAAGGCAUCAAAGAGACAAAGCUUUUCACCGCGAAGUCAAAAGUUGCGCCGAUCAAACAAAUAUUCCUCGGCUAGAGCUUCUAUCUAUAUUUUUAGGACUCAGUCUAGCAGAGUCUACCAUGAAUAAGGUAGACAUCAUGUUUGAAAAAGUCAACCUCUUCAGCGACUCAACCAUUGCCCUAUGUUGGAUACAAGGAUACAGACGUCUACCAACUAUGGUAACCACACUCGUCCGGAAAAUUGGACUCAUCGCAAAAAGAAUACGUGAUACCAGCAAUGUCACAUUCUACCAUGUGCCAACACAUGAGAAUAUAGCCGACUUCGCAACUAGAGAGGUGACCAAAAAUGGAAUAAAAUGUCACCGUUGGUGGUCUGGUCCAAUAUGGUUGAAUACCACAACUGAUUGCUGGCCUGCUAAGGAUGCAACUAAUCUCCGUUAA